AAAUAACUUCUAUUUUUUGGUUCUCAUAGAAUGCCUAAGCUGUUGGAUGCCUUUCCUGGACUUUCCCAGAUUAAAUCAGUUGUCCAGCUGGUGACAGGAGACACUGAAGGCGCUGCAGCGACACAACAGAACUUUCUGAAGCUCUGCCCCGGAGUAUCGCAGGUCACAUCAGUUGUUCAGGUGAUCAGUGGUGAUGAAGAAGGUGCCAAAGAAACACAGAAGGAGUUCCUGAAAGGUGUAAAUGACCUUGUGGAUUCUGUGCCAGUUGUUGGACACGCAAAGGGGACAGCACACUUCGCUUUUGGUGACAAUGCAGGAGGUCAUAAGGCUGUGCAAGCUGCAAACCGUACCACGGGUGCCAUUAUAGGUGGGGUCGGAGGAUUAGUGGUUGGAGCUCCAGUGGGAGCUGUUAAAGGAGCAAUAGCUGGAGGAAAUUUUACGAGCACCCUGAGUUCUCCACCUGAAGAUUACCCAGAUGAAGAAUUCCAAGAGGAUUCAAAUAGCAGCAGGAAGUUAAAUAAAAAAUAGGAUGUUUAUUUAUAAAAAAAAUUAUGGUAAGAACUAGUUAGCAAUGCAGAGCGAGGAUUUUUGGAGAAUAGUCGAUUUUUUUGUGUAAAUGUUUAUAAGGCAUUACCAUGAUUAAUAUAAUUUUGUAAGCUGUUUCCGUUGAUUUAUUAGAUUAAAUUAAAGACAUUUGGUUUCAUUUAACUGGAAAUUUGCACCUUUAAUUUUAAACGUGUUAUUAUGAGUAUUGUUAUAUAAUGCAAAAUUAACGUAUUUAUUUGGGUAAAAACUAUCAUGCCCUUUUAAAGAUUCUAAAUACUUACAGUAAAUUUGCAUCUAUUUCAUCUUCUUUUUCGAUUGAAUAUAUUUAGCUCGUAUAAUCAGGCAUCGGAUAAUUUUUUUAAAGUCAUGGUAUCAUUUUUGUUGCUCGACACUCAACAAACAAAAGGUGUGCAUUCUUUUUUGUACAGGUCACACUAGUGAGUUGUACAGAGUGAGAAUUACUUUCCAUGAUCUAAACUCAAAAUAUCUCCCAAUGAGGCCUAAUAUACUAUUAGCUUUCUUUACUGCUUCACUGCACUGCUUAUUUGGCUUCAGAUAUUCAGAUAGAUAUUCAUUUGAACACCUUGAUCGCUUUCUUCAGUCAAUUUCAUUCUGUAGCUUUAAUCAACAUCUUUAUUUACAAUAUGUACUUUUUUACAUUUAUCAUUAAAAUUCGUCUUGAAGUCUUUAAACUUGUUACUAAGCUGAUUAAGUUGGUUGGUGAACUUUUUCGCUCUUCUCGGGUUGAGACUUUACUUCCUAGUUAAGUGCAAUCAGGAAAUUUAGAUAUUGUACAAUAUUAACGAUAUCACAAAAAAAUAACUAUGUCAGACCUGUGGCACUUCAUUUGUAAGGUUUAUCCUCAUGACACCAUGGACGCAAAUAAUAUUACAUAUGUUUGUUUUAUAAUAGUUAUUAACUCAUGAGAGAGAUAAUUAUAUUACAUUUGUGUUGUAGAAGAGAGAAGCGUAAUUAGGAAUAACCUUAAUUAACAUAGAUAUGUGAAUCCCACUGCCCUAAAAAAUUUUUAUUAACUUGAGUUAUAUAAUAAUUGUCUUCAAUUAGUAAAACUUGCACUCCAAGAGUCAGUGAACAGGUAGUAGCACAAUAAUGUUGUAGCAACUUAACUAAGCGACUUCAUCAAUAAUUUGCAACUUUUAAUCCACUCUAGAAAAAUAUAAUGCAUAAACCCGACAAUUGUAAAUUUAUCCUAUUGAUAAUUUUCUAUUUAAAUUCGAGCAAGUCACAAUAGCGUUGGUAAAUUGUUUUAACAAAUAGGUUUUCUCCUAUUUAUUAAUUACAAACGUAAGUCGAAUUAAAAUAUCCACAAGGACCGUGACGAGGAUUCGAACCUGCGUCCGGGAGCAUCCCAGACACUGCCUUAAUCGACUGAGCUACGACA